UCAUGGAUGGAAGUUGGAGGUGGGUCGGGUGCGGGUAUCUGCUUUCGGGUUCGGGAUGCAGACCUACGGGCGGACGCCGAUGAAAUCCUUCUUCAGUCGUUUAAUUUGGAACCCAAUUCUUGCUGCCAAUAACCAAUUCAAACGUUCCUUAGAAGUUAGAAGUAAUCCACGAUCUAAUUUCUACAUGAAGUCUGUGUUCACAGUCCACAAGAAUCGUUAUUGUCCAGCUUAUCUGCUCUAAAAGGAUUUCCCCAACUGCUACUCAGAACUCGUCUUCUUCCUUAACGCUUACACUUUCCUACUUAUUUUUUACUUUGGUCUACAUUUAUCCAUUUACGCCUCUUACAUUAUACUUGGUCUCUUUGCAAAAAUGAAUAUUCUGAGCUGGGCUAUCUUCGUUCCUCUGUUGGCUGCCUUCGUAACCACAACAGAUGCAGUCGUGCGCGAAAGGAGUCAACACACAGAACGAAUUUCAGGCAGUGCUGGAGAUGUUUUGGAGGAUAAUCCAGUGGGAAGGUUGAAAGUGUUUGUGUACGAGCUCCCUAGCAAAUACAACAAGAAAAUUCUGCAGAAAGACCCAAGAUGCCUUAAUCACAUGUUUGCAGCUGAGAUCUUUAUGCAUCGCUUUCUUUUAACUAGUCCGGUUCGGACCCUUAACCCCGAAGAAGCCGAUUGGUUUUAUACUCCAGUUUAUACGACUUGCGACCUGACUCCAAAUGGUCUUCCUUUACCGUUUAAGUCACCUCGAAUGAUGAGAAGUGCAAUACAACUUAUUUCUUCAAACUGGCCCUAUUGGAACCGAACAGAAGGGGCUGAUCACUUUUUUGUUGUGCCUCAUGAUUUCGGAGCUUGCUUCCACUAUCAAGAAGAGAAGGCAAUUGAAAGAGGAAUCCUUCCAUUGCUGCAACGUGCUACCUUGGUUCAGACUUUCGGACAACGAAAUCAUGUUUGCUUAAAGGAGGGAUCAAUUACAAUUCCUCCGUACGCUCCUCCUCAGAAAAUGCACGCCCACCUCAUUCCUGAAAAAACUCCUAGGUCCAUCUUUGUUUACUUUCGUGGACUAUUCUAUGAUGUUGGAAAUGAUCCAGAAGGUGGUUAUUACGCAAGAGGUGCAAGAGCUGCAGUGUGGGAGAACUUUAAGGAUAAUCCUCUUUUUGAUAUAUCAACAGAGCACCCAAGUACAUACUACGAGGAUAUGCAGCGAGGUGUGUUUUGUCUGUGCCCGCUUGGAUGGGCUCCUUGGAGUCCUAGAUUGGUUGAGGCUGUGAUAUUUGGUUGCAUCCCUGUUAUAAUAGCAGAUGAGAUUGUGCUGCCCUUCGCAGAUGCAAUUCCUUGGGAAGAAAUUGGAGUGUUUAUAGAUGAGAAAGAUGUUGCUAACUUGGACACAAUAUUAACGUCCAUCCCACUUGAAAUGGUAUUAAGAAAGCAGAGACUACUUGCAAAUCCUUCCAUGAAACAAGCAAUGUUAUUCCCGCAGCCUGCUCAACCAGGAGAUGCGUUUCACCAGGUCCUCAAUGGACUUGCCCGUAAGUUGCCUCAUGACAGCAGUGUCUACCUCAAGCCCGGUGAGAAGAUUCUAAAUUGGACCGCAGGUCCCGUGGGUGACCUGAAACCCUGGUAAAAUCCCCCCUUUUUUUUCUUUUUCUUCUGAGGAGGGGGGUACGGAAUAUAGUCUGCCCUUGUAACCCCUGACGAGUCUGUUACUUGAAGGUGGUAUCUUUGUGAGGUGUACAUUGGAUUUGUAUAUCACAAUUUGCAUCAUUGCACGUGUGUUCGGUAAAUCGUUGGAUGUAAGGUUAUAAUUAUGUUGGAAAACUAGUUAGAAAGGAAGGUUGUUUAAUCAUGUGUGAUAACACCACUUCACCUUAAUGCAUCUAAAUUUUGUUGA